CUUCGCGGUGAAUUCGAUUUCUCAGCCACAUUCAGUCGAUGCCAGACAUUUCAUUCGUGUGGUCUUUACGUCGUUCGUUCAAUCGUUAUACAUUCUGCCAACGUUUGUGACCAACGAAAGUGCGAUCAUUUUUUUUUAUGUUGGAAAAAUAUCCAGUGCUAAAGGAGAUAAAUUUUUAAUUUUUAAAUUUGAAACGGUUUUAAAAAAUUACCGAAAACCAGUCAUCUGGGAACAAUGAUUAAAUUCCAGUGAGAUAGAUCAACUGAAAAUACAAUGGAAGUGUCAAGUGAGAUGCAGGAUUAAUUAACUCACUCUGAGGAUUAAAAUUACCUGACACAUCACAUAAGGAUUAUCAACGCUAAAGCAUUAAGUGAAUGGUGGUUCUGGGUGCACAACAGUGACAAAUCCCAAAAGGUUUUGCACAAUUCAAGUGAUUAAUUUAUCAAAGAAUGUGGAGCAUAAAGUGAUUAAAGCAAACCCACUGAAGUGCAGUUAUCUGAAAAGAGGAUUUCAAGUGAUAAGUGUCUAGAAGAGGGAAGAGAUAACUUGUGAACCUUAACCUCCAUAGUCAUCAUGCUAACGUCCAGCAAUCCCAGCAAUCAAUACUUAAGACCGGACUAUCUGUCACCACUUCCAACAUCUCUGGACGCAAAGAACAGCCCGUUAGCCCUUUUGGCUCAGACAUGCAGCUCUAUUGGAGCCGAUUCUCCGAAUCCCAAGCUCCUGGCAAAUAUCGAGAAGAGCGCAAAGGCUCAUAUUAAAUCUGACGGAAGAGACAAAUCGUCCCCGGGCAGUCAAUCUUCCCUCUCAAAUGGUUCUUCCAGUGAUAUUCUCAAAUCAAGCUUUAAGCCCUACGAUUUGGGCAACCGUGAAAAGGCCACAACACCAGAAGAUCGCUCAAUCUCACGAACUAGAACACCCAAAGUAACAACCCCAAUUCCGACGAGUCAACCAAUGCAAAUUAACGGCCGCUGCGGAAGCAAUCAGAGCGCAAUGUCGCCCAGAUCUUCGCCAGCGAAUAGGAAAUCCACACCAAGUAUGUCUCAUGUAGAAAAAAAUGCUAGUCCUCAACGUGCCUCAUCCAAGGAAUCCUCUAGCGGGGCCAUGAACGGUCCAUCUCAAGACAGUCCGCAUAGUAUGUCAGGCAAGCUAGCUGAACAAGCUGCUAAGGAUCUGAGUUCUGCCAAAGUAACAACGUCACUCGGUCUGCCAACAUCUAGUGCAUCUUCGGCUUUUCUCAGUGGCUACCCGCCACCUGGUCUCCCUUAUCCUAUGGAUCUGAUGACAGCUAGCGCUCUUAUGACCCCUCACCACUCGAUGAUCAAAGCCGCCGCCCUUAGUCCUUACCUCAAUUACGCCCGUAUGAAAGUACCUGGCGCUCCAACAGACCCCAUGAUGGUUUGUAGAGACCCCUAUUGCACCGGCUGCGCUCUCAGCAAUCACAUGAUGAAAUCCAGCGCAUCAACGCCUGGUGGUUGCCCAGCUGGCUGCACCCAGUGCGAUCAUCCCGCCAAAGGAUAUCCAACUUCCCUCUCGGCCGCACACAAUUCUGCAGCAGCGGCAUAUGCUCAUGCACAGCUAGCAGCCCUUGCAGCCGCCUCACAGCUUCCCUUCGUCUGCAACUGGAUCGCCAGUGACGCAUCUUACUGUGGUAAACGUUUUGGCACUUCAGACGAACUCCUGCAGCAUCUCAGAACUCACACCUCCAAUAUGUCUGAAUCCAUGCUAACUACGGCCGCAGCUACAGGCUUACCACCGACACAUCCUCUACUUCAGAGAACCUAUCCAACUCCACCGCUGAGCCCACUGUCAACAGCCAGGUACCAUCCCUACAGCAAACCAUCCCUUCUGCCGCCAACCCUGCCACCGCCGUCACUCACAGGGCUUCCUGGUCUCCCGCCACAUCCCUCUCUCGCACAGUACUUUUCACCCUUCUCCCUAUACGGACCCAGGCUGGGCACACCGCCCUCAAUGCAUCCCUAAACCUGAGGGUAUGUAUUAGCCUUGUGAUUGUCUCCAGAUUGCGAAAGAAGUAAACUUAAGAAGUUGAAAGAUUUUUCGAAGAGAAGUUCCGAGAUUUUAGAGAAGCAAACGGAUUGAAAAAGUGGAAAAAGUUUGUUAUUAAUUAUAAAUUUCCCUAACUUAAAAAACUAAGUAACUCGGUCAGGACACAAAACUUACAACUGAUUUCAAAUUUUCUUCGCAACAAUUUUUGUUAAAUCAGAUGGUCUUUCUAAGUUCUUUGAAGCCUGAUUUACAUUAUGAAAAAAUACAUAAGAAGUACGUAAACCAAAA